AUGUCUAACGAGUCGAGUUACUUAGCCUUACUUCUUCUUCUCAGCUUCCUAAUGGCUUCCUUCUUCGACACGGCAGCUGGACAAAUCGGAGUGUGCUACGGGAGAGUUGGAAACAACCUACCACGUCCGUCAGACGUGAUAGCGCUUUACCGGCAGCAGAACAUCCGCAGGAUGCGAAUUUACGACCCCAACCAAGAGGUUCUGACCGCUCUCCGAGGCUCCAACAUCGAGCUUUUGCUCGAUCUUCCCAAUGUGGAUCUCGAGCGUGUCGCCUCCAGCCAAGCAGCAGCCGACGCGUGGGCCCAAAACAACGUCCGAAACUACGCAAACAAUGUCAGAUUCCGCUACAUAUCGGUCGGGAACGAGGUGCAACCCUCAGAUCCACAAGCUAGGUUUGUCCUCCCUGCCAUGCAGAACAUCGAGAGAGCGGUUUCGAGCCUAGGGAUCAAGGUCUCCACAGCUAUAGACACCAGAGGCAUCAGUGGGUUUCCUCCCUCGAGCGGGAGGUUCACACCGGAGUUCAGGAACUUUAUCGCGCCGGUGAUAACUUUCUUGGCAAGCAAGCAAUCUCCCCUGCUCGUGAAUAUCUACCCUUACUUCGCCCAUAUUAACAACAUGAAAGAAAUCCCUUUAGCGUACGCUCUGUUCACUGCACCGCCUACUGAAGUCGUUGAUGGGCGAAACGCGUACCAAAACCUCUUCCACGCACAACUAGACACUGCUUACGCGGCAUUGGAGAAAACGGAAGGCGGAUCUGUGGAGAUCGUGGUGUCGGAGACUGGUUGGCCGUCGGCGGGAGGAGUCGCGGCGACUACGGAUAAUGCGAGGACUUAUGUGAGCAAUUUGAUAAAAACUGUGAAUAGGGGGGGAUCUCCGAGGAAGCCAGAGAGACCUAUAGAGACUUACAUAUUCGCUAUGUUCGAUGAGAAUGAGAAGCCUAAUGCUGAGACUGAGAAGUUCUUUGGGCUGUUUCGUCCGAAUCGGGAGUCUAAGUACGGCAUCAAUUUCAACUAA